AAGAAGAAGAACCAAGGACCUGAAGAAGACGGGGGGACGAAGAGACGAAGAGAGGAAGAGACGAUGGCAUCCAAGGGGAAGCCCAUCGCGCUGAAGAGGCGGUCGACGCCUCGCUGUCUGCAUCCAUCACGGCAGCCAGCAUAUAUCCAGAUGCUCUCUACGUCCACCUCAACCAGUUCGACGUCAAAUAUUGAAAAAGAAGUAUUGACGACGGAGUUCGAUGCCUCGCAAACCCCGCAGCCGUUUCUUGACCCUGGUCUGCGAGAUCGUAUGCUGAAACUACGGGGAUCAGGGCCUGACACCGCACACACAAAAAAAGACGGAGAAAAUUGA